GUCUACCAUCGGCUACGCUAAUGCAUCAAUGUAUGAACAUUAUGUCAGUUUGGUAGCAAGCCUCCUAUCGCCAAUUUAUAUCAAGUAUCCAAUGACUCUCAAAUAUGGCCUUAAAAGGCUUAAGAUUCUUAUACCCAAAGGCCCACACUAAUGUCAAGCCAUUAAUGUUUGAGGCCUUGUAUUCGGGGGAAGUAACGCAUUUAGACUUGAUAAAGGAGGACCGUGCCGGCUGAAAUCCUAUGAUAUAGACUGAGACUGAGGGGUUGGGGAGGGGGGGGGGGGAGCAGCAGACCCGGAGACCGGAGGCCUCGCCUGUCCGGGUCCGUGAGAUUCGACCAGCUGCGGCUCAGACAGCCCGCCGGCUGGCCGCCCCCCCGAUCCACGUUAUAAGUAUCGCCGGCCGGUGCGACUGCGCAGAUUCUCGCCGUGACUCGACCCACCGCGCCAUCACCAUGCUGAAGAUGCUGCUGCCGCUGAUGACUGUGCUGCUGUUGUGGCAGAGGGCGGCCUCCAUGGAGGAGCUCUGUCGGGAGUGCCUUUGUGCGAACUCUGGCGGCCGGAUCGGAGACGUGGCCAGCUGCGUGAUGCCGGUGUCCACCGACUGUCUGGACGGGGUCUACUGCGGACCGUACGGCAUGACCAUCCAGUACUGGAUGGACGCCGGCCAGCCGGGCGACAACUUCUUCGACUGCAUGGGAGACUGGAGCUGUGCCAACAAAACCCUAGACAACUACGUCAACAAAUACUGCCAGACCAUGUUCGUGGGCCACUCUGCGCCGUGUAGCUGCGAGGAGCAGGUCCGGCUCCACCACUGCGGGCCGUACAGCAUCCACGCAGCCUUCUGUAACACCUUCUACGACAACUACUUCGAGCCGUGCAUCAGGUCGGCCUGAGCGGAGGCCCUUUUGUGACCCUUCCCCCUUCGUCGUCUCACAUCAACCCCAACAACACAAACCUACCGGCGUCACCAGGAGAAAGACUCCGAGCUUCCGGUGACUUUGAUUCACCAGAACCAAUGGCUGCACCUUAGUCCCAGCAAAGCCAAUAUCUCUUACAGUAACAGUUGACUGAAACGAAAUGUUGUAACCUGCUUUACAUCUAGUACAUGAUAUACGUAAAUACAUUAUAUUUGAUAUUG